UAUUCUGCUCCUGGUGGCGUCUACGCUCCACCACAAAUGACUCCACCAAUGAUUCUACCACCCACUGAGCUAUACGGAACAAUACCUCGUGCCACGCUCUUGCCUCGCAAUGGCCCAAUGGCACCAGUGCAGGAUCCAAAAGAUCUCCCAUUCCUUGAUCCAAAUCGAAAGCAGGAAACACAAACGAGAGAAGAACUGAUUUAUUAG